AUGGACGCUGUGGACGAGGACUUUUGCGACUCAACGAAGCAGCUCAGCGGGUACUUCAAGAUCGCCGGGUCCAAGUCGAAGAACUACUUUUACUGGUUCUUCGAGUCCCGCGGAUCGCCAAGUACCGAUCCUGUGAUCAUUUGGCUCACGGGCGGUCCUGGCUGCAGUUCCAUCUUGGCGUUACUUCAGGAAAACGGACCGUGUUCAGUAAAUACUGACCUGUCACUCAAGCGAAACCCCUUUUCAUGGACCGACCGGGCCAACGUCAUGUGGAUUGACCAACCCGUGGGUGUGGGUUUUAGCUAUGGAGACGUGAGUGAGUACGACACAACGGAGAAGGAAGUGGGCGACGACAUGUUUCAGUUCUUGCAAGAGUUCUUCCAAGCCAAGCCCGAGUACCAAGCCCAGCCUUUCUACGUCUUUGGUGAGAGCUACGCUGGCCAUUACGUACCAGCAAUUGCUCACCGGAUCUUUGAGGGCAACCACAAGCAAGAGGGACCUGUGCAGAUUAAUUUGCAGGGCUUCGGCAUUGGCAAUGGACUCACGGACCCCGAAGUGCAGUACAAGUACUACCCAGACAUGGCGUACAAUAACACGUACGGGAUCAAGGCAGUCUCGUACCCUGUUUAUCUGGCGAUGAAAGCUGCCGUGUCCCCGUGUGUUGCCAUGAUCUCGAGCUGUCAAACGACCAAAGUCGCGUGUCUGGCGGCGCAGACGUUUUGCAAUGCAGCACUCGUUGCGCCGUACUCGGCUUCGGGCUUGAAUGUGUACGACAUUCGAACCAAGUGUGAACAUUUCCCCAUGUGCUACGACUUUAGUCACGUGGAGCAGUUUCUGAGACUGGAGAGCACGUUGAAGAAGUUACAUGUGAGUCCGGACAGCUCGGAGUGGCAGAGCUGCAACAUGGCUGUCCACGCAGGCUUCUCGUUCGACUGGAUGAAGAAUUUCCAACAGCUCGUGCCGCCGAUGCUGGAGGCAGGCAUCCGAGGCUUGGUCUAUGCUGGUGAUGCUGACUUCAUUGUGAACUGGAUGGGCUGCAAGGCCUGGACGCUGAUGCUACCGUGGAGCAAGCACGACGAGUUUUUGGCUGCUGAAGACAAGGAUUGGGUUGUUGAUGGCAAAUCGUCCGGCAGGAUCCGUCAGGUCGGACCGUUUACGUUCCAGCAAGUGUACCAGGCUGGGCACAUGGUUCCACUCGACCAACCCAAGAAUGCACUUGCUAUGCUCAAGGCGUUCACGUUGCCUAAGGAGAAAGAGGAUGAGCACGGAGAGAUGUCGCAUGAUGUUAAGCACCAGCGAUCGGACAAGCAGGUCAUGAUGAAGGACGAGAGUAUCAUGAGCAUCAUGUAA